AUGAAACAGCGGCGCCAGAAUAGUCGAUCAUUGAAAUUGUCUAUGCAUCUAGACAUACGUGCACGCAACUGGGAAAACUGUCUACAAGUGAGGCAACGAACAAGUCCAAAUACUUUGCCGCCUCAACCACAACCACAAGGCCUAAUCGUGGAAACUGGCAACGGAGCGAGCGUGCUCCAGCUUCCCGCUACCACCCUGGAGCAGAUCCGGCACAUCGCUGCGGACCCUGGAGCCUCCACCCUCCGUCUCCCGCCCCCCACUACUGACGUACCAAUCGGCGCCAGGGAGCUCGACUACGAUCUCUGUUACGUCUGCAAGCACUGCAAAGUCGCCUUCCCAUCUCCUGCGCCGCUGCAAGCCCACCAAUCUCGCUCGUGCUACGCCGGCAGAGAAACAUCCCGUGGCGUCAUCCGUGUUGUCCAGCCGUCUCUAGAAUGCAGGUUCUGCCCGGGCGAAAGAUUCCGCAACGCUAUGGACUUCCGACGCCACGCAGAAACAGAGGCCCACAUACGAAACGCCGUAUCCCCCCUCCAGCCCCCCACUUCCGAACCGCUCACCCACGAAAUGGAAGAUGUGGUCAACCAGAUAACGUUGCUGGCAGCGCGCGCCGCCCAAGACGCGCCCAAGGAUUCCAACGUGAACUUCUGCGCGCCCGGGCCCCGAUUCCCCCAGCCGGGCGAGAUGCCCAUGGCCAGCGCGGGUCACUAA